AUGUGGCCCAUGGGCCCACCACUGGUUUUCACCGUCCACCCAGAAGCAGCAGGCCACUUCAUGUUUGACUCCAGCGUUCCGCGAAGCGACUGGACAAAAAAAGCUUUAGCUCCUAUCACAGAAGCAAGGGACCUCGCCUGUCUGGUAGGCGAGCCUUGGAAGACGUGGCGCGCGCGGUUCAACCCCAGUUUCAGCAACAAGAAUGUCCUCAGUCUUGUACCCGGAAUGCUCGAGGAUGUCCAGAUCUUCGCCGAUAUUGUACGGAAGAAAGCUGGCGCGGAUGGCUCUUGGGGUGGCGUGUUCCCGCUCGUGGAGACCACAACCAACUUGACCAUGGACAUCAUCGGUCGCGCGGUACUUGACAUCGAGCUUCACGAACAGACGAACGGACCCAGCAGAUUCAGGAGCGCUCUCAUGGGCCAGAUUGCGCGGUGUAUCCUUCACUUCAACAUCAUCACCGUAUGGAAGUGGUACAGUCCAUGGCGACUGGCAGCUAUCAAAGAGAACAGGGAAACAAUGUACAGCGAGCUACUCCCAUCAAUCGAACGAUCCCUCCAAGGAAUGAAGAAGAAGGACGGGCUUAAGACCAUUAUCGAUUUGGCGCUUAAGCCAAUGUCUGGAGUAGUCGACGUCGACAAGUUGUUCUUGGAGACGGUCGUCUCCCAACUUAAGAUCUUCAUGUUUGCCGGUCAUGACACAACAGCCACGGCUCUUUGCUGGGCGAUUCACUGCAUCGCUAAGAACCCCGAAGUUGGCCAAAAGCUGCGGGCCGAACAUGACGAAGUCUUCGGCAAGGAUCCCGCAGAUGCGAUUGAGAAGAUCCGAGAGUCACCGCACUUGCUCAAUUCCCUGCUAUGCACGGGUGGAGUGAUCAAAGAAGCGCUGCGCUUGUUUCCCGGACCUCCUGUCAUUCGAGACGGACAAUCGCACUAUCACAUCACUGACAGCAUCACCGGAGAGCAGUACCCCACCGACGGGUUCCUCAUUUGGGACGGGCUGCGUUCGCAGUCUCGCAACGAGAACCUGUGGCCGAGAGGCAAUGAGGUCGUGCCAGAGCGAUGGAUGACGACGGACCCGGAGGAUCCAUUGUACCCAAAGAAGCACGGCUGGAGGAUCUUUGGACUCGGAAGCCGCGCCUGUAUUGGCCAAGAGCUAGCCGUCAUUGAAAUGAAGCUGGCCCUGGUGUCCCUCGCGCGCAACUUUGACAUCGACUGCGCCUGGGAUGAAUGGGAUGCUCUCAAAGGAAAUACCACUGGACCCAAGGUCCUGGUAGAAGGAGACCGCUGCUACCAACUUGAUAAGGGUACACCGCAGAUUGCUGAUGAUAUGCCUGUUCAUGUCAAGCUGCGACAAAAGUCUGACUGA